AUGCUGAAACUCCUCUCUCCUUCUUCCCCGGCGGCCUCGCCGUUUCUCCGAGCUCUUGGGUCGGUCACCGGCCUCACUCGCCGGAAUCCCAACUUGGCCCGUCGAGCUUUUCUUUGCUCCGACGCUAAAAACGGUAAUGGUGCAGUGGAAAUCGAGUUUAGGGGGAUAGGAAAUGAAGCGGAGGCUGAGUCUAAGUCUUCAUCAUCAUCAACUGUCAUACCCACAAAUGUUGAUCCUGAAGAUUAUGUAAAGGUUUUAGCAUUGCCAUUGCCGCAUAGGCCGCUGUUUCCAGGUUUCUAUAUGCCAAUAUAUGUGAAGGAUCCUAAACUAUUAGCAGCUCUACAGGAAAGUAGAAACCGGCAAGUUCCAUAUGCUGGUGCUUUCCUUGUCAAGGAUGAACCAGGUACUGACCCGAGUAUGUCAGGUGCUGAGACGAAGAUUCAUGAUUUGAAAGGGAAAGAGUUGUUUGAUCGUCUGCAUGAAAUUGGUACGCUUGCCCAGAUUUCAAGCAUUCAAGGAGACCGAGUAGUCCUAAUCGGCCAUAGGCGACUUCGAAUUACAGAGAUGGUUGAUGGGGAUCCCAUGACUGUAAAAGUUGAUCAUCUCGAAGAUAAGUCAUAUGACAAGGAUGAUGAUGUCAUAAAGGAAACAUCGUCUCAGGUUAUAUCAACUCUAGGUGAGGUUCUGAAGAUUAGUGCUCAUUGGAGAGAUCAUGCUCAAACAUACAAUCAGCAUAUAAAUGAUUUUAAUUGUACAAGGAUAGCAGAUUUUGGGGCUGCUAUAUCUGGUGCAGACAAAUUGCAAUGCCAAAAAGUUCUUGAAGAGCUAGAUGUGCAUGAACGUUUAAAGCUCACACUAGAAUUAGUGAAGAAAGAGAUGGAGAUCAGUAGUAUUCAGGCAUCUCUUAUGAAAAAAAUGGAAGAGAAAAUGCUUGCUGAGCAACGCCGCAACAUGUUAAAUGAGCAGCUUAAAGCAAUAAAGAAGGAACUGGGAUUAGAGGCUGAUGAUAGAACAGCGCUUUGUGAAAAGUUUAGGGAGAGGCUUGAACCAAAAAGGGAAAAGUGCCCACCUAAUGUUUUGCAAGUCAUAGAAGAAGAGCUUAGCAAAAUGCAGCUGUUGGAUGCCAGUUCGAGUGAAUUUAAUGUAACACGUAUUUAUCUAGAUUGGUUGAUUUCACUUCCCUGGGAAAAUUACAGUGAUGAGAAUUUUGAUGUUCUUCGGGCGCAGAAAGUUCUAGAUGAAGAUCAUUAUGGAUUAACUGAAGUAAAAGAAAGGAUAUUGGAAUUUAUUGCUGUUGGAAAACUCAGAGGAAUGUCAGAAGGAAAAAUUAUCUGUCUCGCUGGCCCACCUGGAGUAGGAAAAACCAGCAUUGGUCGUUCAAUUGCACGUGCGUUGAACCGUAAUUUCUUUCGAUUUUCUGUAGGAGGAUUAACUGAUGUUGCUGAAAUUAAGGGGCAUCGUCGAACCUACAUUGGUGCCAUGCCAGGAAAGAUGGUACAAUGCCUUAAAACUGUGGGAACAGCUAACCCUCUGGUUCUGAUCGAUGAGAUUGACAAGGUGGGAAGGGGGCAUGCUGGUGAUCCGGCAAGUGCAUUGUUGGAGCUUCUUGAUCCAGAGCAAAACUCUAAUUUUCUAGACCAUUAUCUUGACGUUCCACUUGACCUAUCUAAGGUUCUGUUUGUUUGUACAGCAAAUGUUGUGCACUGGAUUCCAACUCCUCUGUUGGACAGAAUGGAGGUAGUCUCCAUCGCUGGAUACAUUACUGAUGAGAAAAUCCACAUUGCUAGAGAGUACUUGGAGAAGAUCACACGUAAAGCAUGUGGCAUUAAACCUGAACAGGUUGAGGUGACCGAUGCAGCUCUUCUUGAACUCAUUGAAAAUUAUUGCCGGGAAGCUGGUGUUAGGAACCUCCAGCAGCACAUAGAAAGGAUCUACCGUAAGAUAGCUCUGCAACUUGUUAGACAAGGAGCAGCAAAUGAAAUGGCAGUUGGUGAUCAAAUACAGUCUCUCUCAGAUGAACCCACAGGUGUUGAAGGUGAUAAACAUGUAGUUGAUUCAAAGGUUCCAAGAGUUACUGGAAAUAUUCCAAAAACCAAAGCAACAAAAACAGUUGAGAAAGUGUUGGUUGAUUCAUCAAGUUUGUCUGAUUUUGUUGGGAAACCGGUUUUCCAUGCUGAACACAUCUACGAACAGACUCCAGUUGGAGUUGUUAUGGGUCUUGCUUGGACUGCCAUGGGUGGUUGCCCCUUGUAUAUAGAGACUACUCAGGUUGAGGAAGGUCUGGGGAAAGGCGCUCUUCAAGUCACAGGCCAACUUGGUGAUGUCAUGAGAGAAAGUGCCCGCAUUGCUCACACUGUUGCCAGAUCGAUAUUGCUUGGUAAAGAGCCAGAUAACACUUUCUUUGCUGAUUCCAAGCUUCAUCUCCAUAUUCCUGCAGGGGCCAUACCUAAGGAUGGGCCCAGUGCUGGUUGUACUAUGAUAACAUCCAUGCUCUCCCUUGCCAUGAAGAAGCCUAUCAAGAAGGAUUUAGCAAUGACUGGGGAAGUAACACUAACUGGAAGGAUCCUUUCCCAAAUUUGGUGGGGGUAUGUAAAGGAGAAGACAAUAGCAGCGACGAGGGGCGGAGUGAAGACCAUCAUAUUCCCUUCAGCUAACAAGAGGGAUUUUGAGGAACUUACCCCCAAUGUAAAGGAAGGGCUGGAUGUUCACUUUGUAGAUGACUACAGUCAGAUAUUCAACUUGGCUUUCGGUGAUCACGAGAAUUAG